AUGGCGCAGCAAGAAAAUCAACUGGACAGAGAAAGAUUCUGUUGUUCGAUCUGUUUGGAUCCCCUGAAGGAUCCGGUGGCUACAGGAUGUGGACACAGCUACUGUAUGAGCUGUAUUAACACCCACUGGGACAAAGGGGAGGAGAGAGGGAGCUACAGUUGCCCUCAGUGUAGACAGACCUUCACACCGAAGCCUGUGGAGAAGCUGAAGAAGACUGGACUCCUCAAAGCUCUCAAGUCUUGUUGGGUUCGUUUGACCUCUAAUGGUGAAAAACACCUCCAGCCUCAUCUUCAGGCAGCUCCAUUGAAGAAGCACAAGCUGGUGGAGCCCUCUGAGAAGCUCCAGGAGAACAUCUGCUCUCGUCACGACGAGGUGAUGAAGAUGUUCAUCCGCACUGAUCAGCAGUGUAUCUGUUAUCUCUGCUCUGUGGAUGAACAUAAAGACCACGACACAGUGUCAGCUGCAGCAGAAAGGACUGAGAGGCUGAGAGAGCUCGGGCUGAGGAGACAAACAAUCCAGCAGAGAGUCCAGGACACAGAGAAAGACGUGAAGCUGCUUCAACAGGAGGAGGAGGCCGUCAAUGGCUCUGCUGAUAAAGCAGUGGAGGACAGUGAGGAGAUCUUCACUGAGCUGAUCCCUCUGCUGGAGAAAAGAAGCUCUGAUGUGAAGCAGCAGAUCAGAACCCAGCAGCAAACUGAAGUGAGUCGAGUCAGAGAGCUUCAGGAGAGACUGGAGCAGGAGAUCACUGAGCUGAAGAGGAAAGACCAGGAACUGAAGCAGCUCUCAGACACAGAGGACCACAACCAGUUUCUACACAACUACCCCUCACUGUCACCACUCAGUGGAUCUACACACUCAUCCAGCUUCAGGAUCCGUCCUCUGAGGAACUUUGAGGACGUGACAGCAGCUGUGUCCCAGGUCAGAGGUCGACUACAGGACAUUCUGAGUGAGACAGAGACAGAGAUUUUACAGAUUGUGUCUCAAGUGGAUGUUUUACUGCCACAACCAGAGCCAGAGACCAGAGCUGACUUCUUAAGAUAUUCACAGGAAAUCACACUGGAUCCAAACACAGCAUACAAACAUCUGUUAUUAUCCGAGGGAAACAGAAAAGUAACAUGGACGAGUGAAGAACAGUCUUAUUCUGAUCACCCAGACAGAUUCACUGUUUGGGAUCAGGUCCUGAGUAGAGAGAGUCUGACUGGACGUUGUUACUGGGAGGUGGAGAUGGGGGGGAGAGAAGGAGUUGAUGUAGCAGUCACAUACAAGAACAUCAGCAGAGCAGGAUUCUCACCUGAAUGUUUAUUUGGAUGCAAUGAUAAAUCUUGGUCCUUUUUUUGUGAUUACAACAACAUCAACACUCCAGUGUCAGGUCCUGUGUCCUCCAGAGUAGGAGUGUACCUGGAUCACAGAGCAGGUGUUCUGUCCUUCUACAGCGUCUCUGACACCAUGACUCUCCUCCACAGAGUCCAGACCACAUUCACUCAGCCUCUCUAUGCUGGAGUUAGUCUUUAUUAUCAUGGAUCCACAGCUGAGUUCUGUAAACUCAAAUAGACUCAGGUCAUUAAAAGCAGUGAUUUAGAUUCUGUGUGUAAAUCUUUAACUUCUUUUG